ACAAAACUAAGUGUUGAAUUCUGCUUCCUCUCAGCAGGUAUCUGCUGAAUUCUAAGAACAGAAUAUAACUCGUCUGGAAUUAUGGAAGUCCCAAUGCUAGAUUUGCCGAUUUCACCCAAGAAAAACAUCCUUUAUUAAUUCUCAUCUGUAAUUCUGAAAUGGGAGCUUAAUUAUACUGUGUGGGGUUUCCUAUUUUGCAGGUGUGCAGUUACUGUGAGAUUGUGGCUCUAGCAGUCUUCACUUGAAAGUCCUAAAAAAUCCGAUUCUGUAUUUGCAUGAAAACAGAGCUAUCUUUGAGCAAUCCAAGAAUAAAAUGAGGAUGGUGAGCAAAGGAGUAGUAUAUUAAACCCAAGACAGCAAGUUUGAUUGUGGAAUACUUUCAAGAGGAAGCAUUAUGGUAGAAGAUUGUGUUUUGAGGAUCCUGACUGAAAUGUUUUUGCCCCAUAUCAGCCUUGCAGAUUUGGAACAAACUUUUUUCUCAAAAGUAUUACCUAAGACUCUACAGUUAUUUGAUAACUUGAUGUAUGAAUUAUCCAGUGAGGCCAAAGGAUUAACCAGCCAGAAUAUGGAGUUAUGCAGCACUGUCAGGAAUCUUCUACAGACUAUGGUGCAACUGUUGGAAACUCUGACUGGUUGUGUACGAUAUGUCUGCACACUGCAAGAGUGUGUGCCUCUGGAGAGUAUCCGCACCCUUCCAUCCUCGGUUCUUUAUGUAAUAAAGAACACGUUUACGCACUGCAAGGACAGUGAAUCAGUGUACUGUGGGCAUCUGCACUUGAUUUCUGACCUCCUACAAGCUAUGUUCAAGGAAACUUACUCUCUUCAGAAGCAGCUGAUGGAACUACUCGAUAUGAUUUCCAUGGGCUCUGCUUCUACUGAAGAUAAUAUCACAGAUAUGGUGUCAGUAAUCCACACUGUGCUGGAGAUAUGCUCUGUCAUUUCCAGUAUGGAUCAUGCUCUUCACGCCAAUACAUGGAAGUUCAUAAUCAAGCAAAGCCUGAAGCAUCAUUCUCUGCUGCAGUGCCAUCUGAAACACAGUGACAUCCUCAGUGGCCUGUGCAAGGACACUCUUCUUUCUUUUCACUCCUGUUUGCAACUGGCUGAGCAAAUGAAGAUGUCAGACAUACAGGAGGGCACUGACCUCAGGCUGUUCCAGAAGACUGUCAAACUGUGCAGGUUCUUUGCUAAUUCCCUUGUACACUACACCAAGGAAUUUCUUUCUUUCUUCUCUGAUUCAUGUUCUCAGUUACAUCAGCUCUUUCUUCAGAUAUACAGCAAAUUUCCUCCCAGUCUCUAUGCUCCAGAGAUCUCAGAAGUUCAUCGAGAUGAAAUAUCUCGGGUUUUUCUUGUGACUCUGGACCCUCUCAUCAACCAGCUUCUUCCCUUUAGCCCUUUUAUGGAGCAAGUGUUAAGUGAAAAGUUAGGUCUCCCUCCUGAGCAGCAGCUGCCCCAGUGUCUCAUCCUGAUUACCAUAAUGGACAAGCUGUCCUUUCAGCCUGAAGAAGUGCAAACUCUCUGGAACACGGGAAAAAGCAGCCUGUCUUUGUUUUCAGCUCUCUUCUUCAGUUUCCAGCAAUGUGCUGGCGAGCUUUCUCUCCCUGUUUGUUUGCCAGAGGUGAUCAGUACAGGACAGCCAGCAGUUCCCAUCACCCUUUAUCACUAUGUCUGUGUCCACCUGUGCUCCUUCAUUGCUUCCACACUCCCAUCACACUUUCCUCAGCUGGAGUAUGCUCUGCUGGAUGCCGUGCUGAGUUCUAGUAUGAUCACAUCUCUGCUAGCAAUGGACUCGUGGUGCUUCCUUGCCCGCUAUGGAACAGCUGAACUGUGCGCUCACCAUGUUGUUGUGAUUGCCCACUUGAUAAAGUCUUGGCCCAGUGACUGUUACCAGGUCUCUGCCUUGGGUGUUCUGCUGAGGCGUAUGCUGUUCUUGAUGGCUCCAGAUCAUCAGGUAGAAUUUGCUCAUAAGUUUCAUCCAGAAGAGGUGGAGAACUUGGCUGUAUGGCAGCACAUAUCCCUCAAGGCCCUGAAUCCAGAUCUUAGGAAACAAGUGGCCUGUCAGCUCUGUGUGGCAGGGCUUGCACAGUGCAGGCGAUGGCUGAACAGCAGGCGUGCUUUGGGAGAGCUCCGACCUGUGAAUACUGCCCUUUCUGUCCUGCUGGUUGCCUGCAGUUUUGCUGGUGAUGCUCUAGAGGCAGAACUUCAGGCAUCCGUCUUGGGAGUGCUUGGUCAGUUCUGGGCUUUUCUCCAGGCUAAGCAGGUCUCAGAUGAGCCAUGUCUCCAGCAGACACUGUGUUUAUUACUUCACCUUUUGGAAUUUUUUAUCCAAGCAUUAGAUGCUCAACUGAUUACUCAGGUAUUUGCACUGCAGUCUUCCCUUUUCCAAUUGGAUCCCCCAGAUCAUGUUCGUCUAGCAAUGGUGGAUUUUCUCUCUUCUAUGGGAAAGGUGUUUAUACCACAAGAAGCACAGAGGCAAGUUGUACCGCAGUUGUCGUGUUUGUUUGCUUCGCUGCUAGCUGACCAGACCUGGCUGAUUCAUCAGCACGCGUUGGAGGCAUUCACACAUUUUGCAGAGGAAACAAGCCAUGAAGAUGUUGUUCCUCAGUGCCUUAAUUCUGAAGAAACUAAGAACAAAGUUGUUAGUUUUCUGGCUAAGACGAGGCAAGUAGAAGAGACAAUAGAAGCACGAACAGAACGCAUGAAGCAAGAAAGGAUUACCUGCAGUGCACAGUUUUUGAAAAUGGAUCGAGAACUAGAGUCAACAGGAGAGCCUCUGGCAAAAAGAGCAUGUCACCCACCAUCUGAGGAGCAGUAUAAGUCAGCAGUAGGCACGAUGGAGGGGGCAGUGGAGGCUGUGAAGCUGCUGCUCCGGAAAGGGUCACCCCCUGCUUGGCUUGCAGUGAAACUGGAGGCUCUACAUACAGCUAUAGCUGUCCUCAGAGACAGUGUACGGUAAGGUGCUCAGCCGGUUUUAGAGACAAUAAAACAGCUCAGCUCCCUGUUCUGAGGGAAGAGAUGCCUUUGUACCAUGACUGCUGGAGAAGAAAAAACUGUGACACGGGGGAUGCUCUACUGUACUGCUGGGUCUCAGUUAAUGUGCCAAAAUGAACUGAGGUGUGAGAUGUUGGCCCAUCUUUCAUAAUAACUGGGUGGAAGGACUGAUAUUUUAAUGGACAGUGUUGUGCAUGAGCUGUCCUUAUAUAUAUUGCAUAUGUAUAGCUUGCUCUUCUAAGCUACUGCAUGGUGAUAAACAUUUCAUGAGAUUGUAUUUUGAAUACUAAGAUGUUUGAAUCUGUUGUAGAAGUAACAGUUACCUUUGUUCCCGUCACGUACAGGUGACCAGAGUAGGCGUUUUUAUCUUAAUUUUAAAAUACACUCAAGAAUAACAA